UUAUACAACAGAACAUAAAGUAGCCUGUGCUUAUUUUGUUUUAAUAUUAAUUGGACUUGCUGUUGUUUCAAUGUCUUUGAGAAUUUUACAAAUUAAAAUGGAAAGUCUUUUUAACAAAAUUUGCCGUUCUAUAGAUUCUGAUUUUAAAAAUAAUUUAAUUGAAGAAAAACAGACACAUUCAAUCUCAACAAGUACAGAUAAUAAACUACAAGAUAUUGAACAAAUAAGAGUGAAGAAUGGGAAGAAUAUUGAAUUAGGCCGUGUGGAAGAUAAUGAAGGCAAUACUGAUGCUAUUUACAAAUAUCGGAACUCUAUGAGUCGUAGCGAAAAAUUAAUGGUACAAAUGUUGAUGGGACAACACUGGCGUAAUAUGCUUGACGAAAAACUUCGUUCAAGACGUAAAAUGAGGAACAAUUCUACACAAACUGAUGAUUUUUUAACUGAUGCCCAAAUUCAGACUGAACAAGUUAGAAGUUUACGUCCAAUUUCCUCUUUGUUUACAAACCGUUCUGUGGAAGGAGAAGAAACUGAUGAUGAUGAAGUUUCCGAUUCAAUUGGUCAACUUCCAUCAACUCCAAUCUCAAAAUGUAGUGGAAGUAUUUAUCGAAGAAAUAAUACAAUGCCUAAUGCUGUAGCACGUCAGCAUGCACGGGGAAGGGGGUUGGGACGUAAACGAAUGUAUAUUUACAAUACUGGUGAUUAA